AUGAAAUUCCAAACAGCGACUAGUACCAUCCUCCUCCUCCCAGCCCUCGCCUGGGCAGCGACGAAGCGAGCCGACACUUGGGGCGGGAGCGUAUCUCUCGGCCCCACAAGGUCGACGAUCACCAAUGCCGUGACGACUCUUAUCCCCGGCGCGGCGCCGGCGACGCAGAACGGAGUGCUCUUUCUCUGGCCCGGAAUGAGUAACGGGACGGGAGACCUCGUGCAGACGACCCUGGAGAGUUGGGAGAGCAAUGAGUGGUGCGGAGCGGCGCAGGGCGAGUGGUGUGUGCGGGCGAGUUUGUUUGGGAGCUUUGGGCAGUUGGAUGGCGAUGCGGCGCCUGUUAAGGGGGAUGAUCAGGUUCGCAUUGAGUAUGUGUUGUUGGAGGACGGGGAUACUUGGUUGCACUACGGAACUGGAACAGAAUGCAACGAGGAUUGCACGGGCACCAUCGCGGCCCAGCAAUACCUCAACACGAAGAUCACGCUAGCGGAAGCAGACGAGACCUUCGGCGACACGAUUGCAUCAGCCGGCGGCGCGACCUACACCGGCUUAACAUCCAGCGAGGGCGGAAAGGUCUGGGAAAUCGCGAGCAUUGAUGUUCCGGCCAUGUCGUCGUAG